ACUUCUCUAACGUGUCGUGGUUAUGCGCAUCGGCGCAUGAAGUGAGAGAGAUAGAGAGAGAGAGAUAGAGAGAGACAGAGAGAGAGAGAGAAGAAAAACGAAGCGCGUUAUGUUGCCGGCUAGAGAGCAAGAAAGAGCGAGACAUAUAUAUGUAUAUACAGGUAUACAUUGAUUUCGGCUGAGCCAUAUAGCGAUUAGUGCGGUGUCGUGUCUUUGCUUUUCUCUCGGGCGCGCUUGCGGUAGGACGAAACAAGCCCGGGAUUCGAUCGCCUUUUGUAGUUGUUGCUGCACCUCGUAACUUUGCUCGGCAGCGUUCAAGAAGUGGUGCAACAGCACCAACAGCAAAAUGGGCAUCAAAUUCCUUGAGGUGAUCAAGCCCUUCUGCAGCAUUCUGCCGGAAAUAGGAAAACCCCAGCGCAAGAUUCAAUUCAGAGAAAAAGUACUAUGGACAGCUAUAACGCUAUUCAUCUUCCUAGUUUGCUGCCAGAUUCCACUAUUUGGAAUCAUGUCAUCAGAUAGUGCAGAUCCCUUCUACUGGAUUCGUGUCAUUUUGGCUUCCAAUCGGGGAACCCUAAUGGAGUUGGGUAUUUCUCCAAUCGUCACAUCUGGUCUUAUUAUGCAGCUUUUGGCCGGCGCCAAGAUUAUUGAAGUUGGCGAUACAGCUAAAGAUAGGGCUCUGUUUAAUGGAGCUCAAAAAUUAUUUGGUAUGAUCAUCACUGUUGGGCAAGCCAUUGUCUAUGUCAUGACUGGAAUGUAUGGCGAUCCUGCUGAAAUCGGUGCUGGAGUUUGUCUCUUAAUUAUCAUCCAGCUGUUUGUUGCUGGACUGAUCGUCUUGCUGUUGGACGAGCUACUCCAGAAGGGAUACGGUUUGGGAAGCGGUAUCUCGCUCUUCAUUGCUACCAACAUCUGCGAAACCAUUGUCUGGAAAGCAUUCUCUCCAGCGACUGUCAAUACCGGACGUGGUACUGAAUUCGAAGGUGCUGUUAUUGCUCUGUUCCAUCUCUUAGCUACCAGACAAGACAAGGUCCGUGCGCUUCGAGAGGCUUUCUACAGGCAGAACCUUCCCAACUUGAUGAAUUUAUUGGCCACCAUUCUGGUCUUUGCCAUAGUCAUAUACUUCCAGGGCUUCCGAGUGGAUCUUCCAAUCAAAUCUGCCAGAUACCGUGGACAGCAGAGCAGUUACCCUAUAAAACUGUUUUACACCAGCAAUAUUCCAAUCAUUUUACAAUCUGCAUUGGUUUCGAACCUGUAUGUCAUUUCUCAAAUGCUGGCUGUAAAAUUCCAUGGCAACAUCAUCGUCAACUUACUGGGUGUAUGGUCUGAUGUUGGGGGUGGGGGUCCUGCUCGGUCUUACCCAGUAGGUGGACUUUGCUAUUACCUUUCCCCCCCAGAAUCUGUGGGACACAUUGUGCAAGAUCCUGUCCAUGCCUUCCUUUACAUUCUAUUCAUGUUGGGAUCUUGCGCCUUCUUCUCCAAGAGUUGGAUUGAAAUCUCUGGAAGUUCUGCUAAAGAUGUUGCUAAACAAUUAAAAGAUUCUCAGAUGGUGAUGCAAGGUCACAGAGAAAAGUCAUUGAUUCAUGAACUGAAUCGCUACAUCCCUACUGCAGCAGCAUUUGGAGGUCUCUGUAUUGGUGCUCUUUCGGUUUUAGCUGAUUUUCUUGGAGCAAUUGGUUCAGGAACUGGAAUCUUACUUGCUGUGACGAUCAUAUAUCAAUACUUUGAAAUCUUUGUUAAGGAGCAAAAUGAAAUGGGUGGAAUGGGUACAUUGCUUUUCUAAAAUUUAAAAUUGACUCUAUUCACUCAAAGUCAAUCAUUGAGAAUUAAGAACUGACAAUUAAUAAAAUAAUAGUCUUUCAAAGUCUAAGCCAAAGGUAAUGGGAAAAAGAACUCUGAGGCAUCACGAAUGAUAUUGUUAUGACUGGGUUCAAGUGAACGUAAGUAACAACACCUUAUUUAUGAAACGGAACUCAAACUCAGACUUUAUUCAAACACGGGAACACGUUGAAGCUCAUCACGAUCUGAUUGAACAUAAACAAUAACAUUUGCGACGUUCUUGCUGUCGCUACUAGGGGUGUUCAAACGUUCUGGCUCGGUCACAACAAUAUUUUAUUUUAUGGAUGAUUGCACUGAUGACUUCUAUAGUUGUAUAGAGUAUUUUAUAAAAGUGAUUUUGAUCUUAAAAGUCAUUUCCCAUAUCAAUUUUUGCUUAGGUGUUACAUAGACUAAUGAAAUAAAAAAUACGUAUACUUGACAUUGAUUACAAUGUCAACUUGAUUUUACAUCAGAGUAAAGUGCGAAUCAAUUGUACGAUAUUAAUACUUCCGAUUCAGCUUUCUAUAUUUUUUCACUAAUCAAUAUUUUAUAACAAAGAAAUAUAACUUCACUCUUUGAAAGUUUUAUAACAGAAAGUGCCACUAGGAUAUCCAAUUAGAUUAUGUAUUAUAAGAAUUUGUAAGCAUAGCUAAUUUCUACAAUUUAAUUACGAUUGUACAAAAACAAUGUUGUUUAUCUAAUUGGAUAUCAUAUUAUAUAAGCAAAUAAAAAGCACAAUUUAUUAAAGAAGCUGUUUCAGCUUACUAGAACUAGAAGCAAUGCUUCAAAAAAAUGUGCAGCAGUUUUCAACAUUUUUUCUAAGGCUUUGAGUAGUUUUUAAAAAUGUAAGUAGUGCUUGAAUAUUGAUGAAUGAUGAAAGCUUGGUUUUCAUAAUCAAUAGUUAAAAUGUUUGCACAGCAUUUUUUUAUUGGACAAAGAGCCCACCUGGGUUACAUGCAUGCAAUAACAGUAACAUUAUGUUCUCUGUAAAAAAAUCAUUCCUAUAUAUCAUUUUUAAUAAGUACCAGAAACUCAAUUAGAAAUUUGUUUUAAGGGGCCACCACACCAGUUAUAUAGAUAUACUAACCGUUUUAAGUUGACGCGCUCCUUUGCUCCCAACUUUUAGAAAAAUGGCUUUACAUAGAAGUCUGAAAAAAUUACUGGUUAUAGUUUUUGAUACCGUCUUUGCGCGGAAGCGAGUCGGAUAGCAGCCGUCAACGGGAUCCUAGAGAAAAAGAUGCUUUAGAGUACCCUUUCCUUCCGAGCGCCUAACCUCAGCCCCAUAUAUAUAUAAUAAACAAUAAACGAUCGAUCUGAUCUAAACCAAAAUAUUUGACAUAUCUGGAAAGUAUAUCUUAAGUAUCCUUUUCCCCUGGGAGUCUGUUGAUAAAUGCUGUCCAGCUCGCUUCCGCGCAAAGUAGGUAUUAAAAACUAUAACCGGUAAUUUUUUCAGACUCCUAUGUACAGCCCCUUAAGCAAAAUCUUUUUUUUACUUUGUUUUUUUUGAGCGUACUUUAUUUGUAUUUAUUUUUCUACUAAAUGUGUAGCUUGAAAAAUGCUUCGAAUAGAAAUUAUUUAUUCAAAAUUACAAUACAAAUGGAGAUUUAUAUUGUAACGCAAUAAAAGACUAUGAACAAUUUAUUAAAAGAAACUAUUUUAGUAAAUACUAAGCUUGAAUGAGAUGUUAAGUAUUUGAUAAGCUACCUAUACACCUAUAUCCAAAAUUGUAAAAAACAAGCAGAGACAGCAAAAAUAUUAGAAAGUGUUUUUAAUAUGGACCAAAACUGAUGAAUAAUAUCUAUCAAUAAUUGUAUACAAUUAAUAUUGUCUUAAACAUUUGUUACUAUAAGAUUUUGUCUAAAUUAUGUUUAUUGUAGGUAUAAAAAGACGUAACACUCUUAGACGUUUAGUGCAUUUUAAAUUAUUUUAUUAAAAAUAUUUUUCUGGGUGCAAUGUCAGAAAGCUUAUUUUGUAUGAUUCUGUGGGUGUUUAUAUAUAGUUUUACUUGUUAAUUUAUUCAAUAUUUUCAAGUUUGGAAAUAUAAUAUUGUAUAAAACAUAUUUACAAAGUUUCCAGAAUUGAUUUUUUCUUUAACUCUGGUAUUAUUAUAAUAUACACUUUACAAAAAGUUAUCUGUAUAACAAUUUUAAUGUUAUAUUAUAUUUAUUCAAAAUUAA